AAACCACCAGCAUCAGAUAGAUUCUGCAAAACAAAACAACAAAAUCUAAUCGUACAAGGAACCAAACCAAACAUCAUUGUGUUGUGUCUUAAGUACUUGUGUUGUGUUGCAGAUCAAACUUCACUGUGAUGAAACCCUUCACAAGUUUUAGUUCUAAACCUAUAGUUCAUAAGCUAGGAUCUUUGUCUCCUAGUAUUUCUUUUCAUGUUUCUGAUAGACCCUUUUCUUGUUUCACUCUUCACUCUAGAAAUGAACAAAAAAGUUCCAUUUUUUGUCUCUUGAAACUUGUCCAAAACAAGGGUGUUUGCCCUUUGCAUGUUGUGCCAUCAGAACACCAGGAGGUAGAUUUGGAACCUGUUGAGUCUCAAGUUCAACAAAGUGAACAAACAAACGACUCAAAGUUCGUUCGUGUUGAGUUUCAGCUACUAAAAGAUUGCGACUUUGGGGAACAGUUUCUAAUAGUUGGAGAUGAUCCUAAGCUUGGUUUAUGGAACCCUUUAGAUGCAUUACCAUUGACAUGGUCUGAUGGCCAUAUAUGGACUGUUGAGCUGGAUAUGCCAGCCGGAAAAUCAAUCCUAUACAAGUUUAUACUUAAAGGAAAAGAAGGUGAUAUUAUUUGGCAACCGGGGUUGGAUCGAGUAAUCCAAACAUGGGAAACUAUGAACAGAAUAAUUGUUCUUGAGGAUUGGGAGAAUGCAGAACUUCAGAAAAUAAUAGAGGAAGAUACACUUUCUCAAACAAAUGAAGAACCUCCGGUUCUACCAGAAGUGUCAACUUCUACUGAUAUUGUAUCCGGCAUUGAAGAAACACAAAUUGACACUUUGGAGAAACUGAUUGAUGAACCAGUCCUGCAACAAAUCAUUGAUGAUCAUGACAGUAAUUCUUCAUCAAUAGAGAAUCCAAUGUCUAUGUUUGCAGAAAAUAUAGGUUCCUCGGAGGAUCUCACAGAAAGUAAAAGUCAAACAACGUAUAAAGCGAAUGUUGUUCAAAAGAGUGAAGAAUCUGCAGAUGGUUUUCAAAAUGAUGAUAUAAAACAUGAACUUGGAUACAAUGGAAAUCCUGCAGCGUUAAAGAAUAAAAAAGGGACGAUUGUUGAGGGAAGCUUAAUCGAUUUUGAAGGAGGUCCUGUUCUUGUACCUGGCCUAAUACCGUUGACUGAAGAAGCUGGUCCAAGUGAAGUUGUUGAAGAAGAAAAGACCGCGGUAGAGCCUUCAAUUGAAUCUUUUGAAACUCAGGACCAGAAUAUACCAGAGUUAAGUAAGGAGCAAGUAUCAAAUGAUGAAACUGCACAAGAGAUAAGUUCAACAUCAAAUGAUGAAACUGCACAAGAGAUAAGUUCAACAAUCAAUGAUGAGCUGAAUUUCCACGAAGAGCAGUUUUAUUUGGCAUCAACAAUGGAAGAAGGGUCAAACUCAGAGCCAAUUCAUGGUAAUGCCUUGCAAAAUGACAUCCAGUGGGGCUUCGAAACGUUGAGUAAGGAUCAAGAAUCAGAUGAUGACACACCACAAGAGAUAAUUACAAAUACAACAAUCAAUGAUGAACUGAAUUCACAUGAAGAGCAGUUUCAUUUGGCAUCAACAAUGGAAGAAGAAUCUAACUCAGAGCCAACUCAUGGUAAUGCCUUGCGAAAUGACAUCGAAUGGGGCCGCGAAACGGUAAAGAAGUUUCUAACAAAAUUUGGAUUGCUUUGAUGUCACCUUUUUACAGAACCACUAGGAGAAAGUUCUUCAGUGAAAAUGAUCAUGAGUUCUGUGAUUGUUCUCGUCUUUUUGCCUAAAUUUUUAUUGGCCUGGGGAAGAUGGAUAAGAACUCAAAGUGUUUCAUGGUGAUGCAUGGCUAUUGAUUGUUGAAUUCAUGCUAUCUUUUGAAGAUAAUAAUGUUUGUUGUAUAUUAUUUUGUCUUGUUACAUGGAUUGUAUUAUUCUUUCAGUUUUGGCCACUUCUGUAUAGUGAUAUUGAAUUACAUAGAUUGUAUCACAUGGAUUUUAUCUUUUAGUAUAAAGUACUUAAGUAAGUGUUUGAAAGA